UUUUGGAGGGAUUAAUGAAAAUGGCUCCAGCUAUGUACUUGGAAAUUGGUUUCCUCAUCGCUAGCUAGAAGCUAGCUUCAGCAGAAGUAAAACUUGGCUUGCUGAGGAGGUCGCUGAAACGAUAAGCGAAAGAUGCAGAGGGAUGUUUCGAGCUACGCCAUUGCGCCGUCUGUCAAAGUGAAACUCCUCAAUGCUGGGUUUCUUUCUGCUGCAGACCUGUGUGACUUGCGACCUCUCCAACUCAGCAAAGAGGCCUGCAUCUCCCAGGAGGAGGCAGUAGAGGUGCUGCAGGCUGUGAGGUGUGAGCCUGGCCAGGAGAGGGCAGCAGCAGGCAGGUUGACAGCCCUGGAGCUUCUGGGGAGAGAGCAGGAGCUGGGCACUAUAGUCACUUUCUGCUCAGCACUGGAUAUGGCCCUGGGAGGGGGCAUGCCAGUGGGAAAGACUACUGAGGUCUGCGGGGCGCCUGGGGUGGGAAAGACCCAGCUUUGUAUCCAGUUGUCAGUAGAUGUGCAGAUCCCUGCGUGUUUUGGGGGGUUGGGAGGCAAGUCUCUGUACAUAGACACAGAGGGCAGCUUCCUGGUCCAGAGGGCUGUGGACCUAGCGCAGGCAGCUGUGGAGCACUGUGGGCUUCUAGCAGAGGAUUCAGAACAGCAGGAAGCCUUGAAGGGGUUCACUGUGGAAACAAUCCUCUCCAAUUUAUUCCUUGUCCGUUGCCAUGACUACGUGGAGCUCUUGGCAGAGACAUACCUCCUGGCUGACUUCCUGGCUCAGCACCCUGGGGUCCGGCUGGUGGUGAUUGACAGCAUUGCCUUCUCGUUUCGCCAUGACUUUGAGGACCUCUCCCAGAGGACCCGCCUCUUGAACGGCCUCGCCCAGCGGCUCAUCCAGAUGGCCACCAAUCACAACGUCGCGGUCAUUCUUACCAAUCAGAUGACUACAAAGGUUUGGAGUGGCCAAUCGAAGCUUGUUCCUGCCUUAGGUGAGAGCUGGGGUCACGCUGCUACACAGAGACUCAUCCUACACUGGGAGGGCACACACAGGACAAUGACCGAACACAUCUCCAGGCUGUGUAAGGGCUAUUUGACCAAGAAGAGUGAUGGUGCUGCAUCAGAUGACCUGGCCUCCACAAUCACCCGAUCUCAACCCAGUUGAGAUGGUUUUGGAUGAGUUGGACCGCAGAGUGAAGGAAAAGCAGCCAACAAGUGGUCAUCAUAUGUGGAAACUCCUUCAAGACUGUUGGAAAAGCAUUACAGGAAGCUGGCUGAGAGCAUGCCAAGAGUGUACAAAGCUGUCAUCAAGGCAAAGGAUGGCUACUUUGAAGAAUCUCAAAUAUAAAAUAUAUUUUGAUAACUUUUUUUCAUUACUACAUGAAUUCAUAUGUGUUGUUUUUAUAGUUUUGAUGUCGUCACUAUUAUUCUACAAUGUAGAAUAAAAAAUGUAACAAACAACCUUGAAUGAGUAGGUGUCCAAACUUUUGACUGGUACUGUAGAUUGAUGGGGGAAAAUGUAUUUAAUCCAUUUUAGAAUAAGGCUGUAAUGUAACAAUGUGUAAAAAGUCAAGGGGUUAGAAUACCUUCCGAAUAUACUAUAUAUGCCUUUUUGAAGUUGGAGCACAUUGACUGGUAUUUCCAUCAAUGAAUAAAAAGCAUUAUUUUGCAAUGGAUAAUA